CAAUCCUCCCACCUCGGCCCCCCAAGUAGCUGAGACUACAGGAAUGGAUAAAGCAUGGAGAGGAACCAGGAAUGUGCUCAGAAAAAAAUCCUUCCUCACUGAAACCAGGACUAGGGAAAGGAGAUUCCCCUCUACCGUCUAUGGACUCAGGCUGACGGAGCAUGCUGCCUCUCUGUGUCUCUCCCUUUCUCUCUCUGGAACGUUGUCAGAUGUCACGGCGGAGAGAAAAGAGACCUGUCCGGCGUUCCUACAGGAAGGACAUAUAGCAGUUAAACUCCGCCAUUUUGCCUCUGAGUGCGCAUGGUUGAGCCCACUUGCCCAAUUCCUGGGAUCUUAUCAGGAAGCUGCUGAUCACCGGUUUCAGGUCACACUGUUUAGAAGGAGAAAAAAGAGCUCGCUGUGAAAAACGCUCCGCAAAGCUGCAGAGACCUGAGAAGGUGAAAGAGUACUAUCAUCAGCAAACGGCAUUCCUUCCAUGGAAAAUGUCAUUGGGAGGAAAGCAGGGACCUACUACAAGGCAUUCGAUGCUCAACAAAUACUUGGGCUGAUAACUUCUCUUUCUGAAGCCAGCUCCAGGAGAGGUCUGUAAUCAGAAGAGCCCCUGAACCGUGAAGCCUCCUGGGCUGGCCAGCCCAGGCAUCUCCUCUGUGAGUUUCUCCACACCCUUCUAAUCAUUUAACGAGUCUCACUGGCUUUCUCUGUGAAUACGAUGGAAGAUGGCCACCUCAAAAUGGCGGCCUUGGCCUUCAGAGAUCAUCAGUCCUCACAGGCCCAGUUAAUUAACCAUGAUUGUCAUGUCUUAACUUCCAGCUCCAAAUUCUAAUAGUCCAGCUUUGUUCUGCCGUCCACUCCUCAUGCUGUCAACUGUGUUCUGGGGGAAGGUUACAGUACAAACCUGGGUACAAGUGAGGGCCAUCCCGUUGGGUGGGAAGAGGCAUUCUCAGAGGAGAGAGCAGGUACCCCCAAAUUGUCUAGUGCUUGGCCUGUGUGUGUCCUUCAUUUCUCCCCAGCCUCACUCUGGGAAGGAGGUGGUCUUCUGGCAAAAGAAGAUAUCAAAGUUCUUCCAUCAGAGGAGAUCCUUAUCAGCAAGACAUUCACUCUGAGCCUUGCAUUGGGCCCCAGGCAGCCUCUGGAGAAAGCAGAGAGUAGCAGAGACGGUGUGAGCCUCCCUGCAGGGUGGAUACCUUGCUUCUAUUCUCAGAGAAAGUGGAACCGGGCAGAAUUUCCCAAGCCAGGAAAGGUGGCAGAGUUCGACAUAAGACAUUGAGCAAAGAAGCGAGGGCUAAGGACUCAGGCAUAGAAGAGCAGACUGCACAGCGUCAGUAGUGUGACCUCCAGAGAGUACUUAACCCUUUCUGUGGGCUUGGCCUGCUCAUCUGAAAAAUACACAUGGUAAUGCCUCCCGUGGGAGGGAGGCCAGGUAGGGAGGUGAGAAUGAAAGUUGGUAAUACGUGGCAAGCCCAGAGCAUGGCAUGAGGCAUUCAAGAAAUGGUUCUUGUAUUUACUGGUGUUGAGCAAAGAGAGAGUGGCAGGAGGAAGAGCCAGGGCGAGAUUUCCCCGGUCCUGUAGCUUCCCUGGCUGCUAUUCAAUGGAAAAACCAGGGAGUGAGCGCUGUGCUCUUGGAUUCUGUGCUCCUUAAGCAACAGCCUUUUCUGCUCUGAUCCCCAGCACCCGGCAAUUACUGGCUCUAGUACAUUUUACCUUGUGUUAAGAGGGAGCUUUACCCUGGCUGAACAUGGGGCUGCUGCCAGCACCCAGGCUGGGAAUGGACAUCUCUGUCAUGUGGUGCAGUCUCCUGUGGAGUGUGUGAAUCCUUCCAAAUUGGAGUCACGCGGCAACUCCAAAAUCCCUGGGAACUCAUGUGUGCACCAGGACUGUUGGGAAGCCGUCUUAUGCCUUGCUGCAUUAUAAACGGCUAUCGUCUCUAAUGCAUAUGAGAUGCUGUUGAGAUCAACAAAGUAUUACAUUUGUUUAAAAGUGACCUUGCACUCAUCUUUCUACCCAAUGUGGAUUUCCUCAAUCUCCUAAAACAAUAUCUGCCAUGACACUAAUAAGAACGUCCCUUCCGCUUAUGCAGAAGCCACAGUCCCUGUCAUUGUGCUGAGAGUCUUUCUCACUGAGUCUUCUUAACCGCCCCAUGAAGAGCAAUUCAGGAUGCCCAUUUGACAAACGAGGAAACGGAGACUUAGAUAUGUGAGCUCGCUUGCCCAAAGUUACAGGACUAGUCGAUGUCUGGGGUUCCAAACCAGGCCUUCUGACUCUGAGGCGCCUGCUUAAUAGUCCACUUUAAGGACCGGGGAUGCACUUGGCAUUUUCGUUACUUCAUUUGGAAUGAGCUGGGAAUCGCUGUUUCUCCUUAUUCCCUUCGGUGGGAGGGAAUCUCCCCUGCUUUGCGUGCAGCCUAUGUCACUCUUCGAGGGCUUUGCCUCCUAAGUCCGUUCUCUCCAGGGCUGAAAUCUGCCUUCGCUGGUGCUAGUUGAGCAUUGCUCGCUUGCCCACCCCAUCUGAGCUCUUUGGCCCCAGCCCAGCUCAGGAGCUGCCCUGGGUCUCCUCCCCGACCCUAGCUCUCUUCAGAUCUCCCCUCCGUGCUCCGGGCCUCAGUUUCCUCCAGGGGAAAGCAGAGGGUUUGGUCCCUUCCUGCGAGGUGAAGCGAGGGGUCGUCCUGGAUGAAGACGAGCUUGGAGCCACCCGCCCUGCAGCCGACGGAAGGGCCUGGCGCUCCUCCCUGCCCGCCGGCCCGGCCGCCCCGCCCCGAGGGCGGCCCCCGCCUGCGCCCUGCCCACCCCGGCCGCGCGCACCACAACGCCCCCGCCCCGUCGCCCGGAACCAGCUGAGCACAGCUGGACCCAGCAGCCGCUGUCUCCAGCGUCGCAGCAGCAGGUGGUGCUCAUAGCUCUCUUUGUCCAGUGCUUCGGCCUUGGUCCCAGCGCCUUCCCACAAAGCAGCACUCUUCACCCUGCACAGCCUUAUUAGCCCAACAGCAUGGUGGUGGAACACCCCGAGUUCCUCAAGGCAGGGAAGGAGCCUGGCCUGCAGAUCUGGCGUGUGGAGAAGUUCGAUCUGGUGCCCGUGCCCACCAACCUUUAUGGAGACUUCUUCACAGGCGACGCCUACGUCAUCCUGAAGACAGUGCAGCUGAGGAACGGAAAUCUGCAGUACGACCUCCACUACUGGCUGGGCAAUGAGUGCAGCCAGGAUGAGAGUGGGGCGGCCGCCAUCUUUACUGUGCAGCUGGAUGACUACCUGAAUGGCCGGGCCGUGCAGCACCGUGAGGUCCAGGGCUUCGAGUCGGCCACCUUCCUAGGAUACUUCAAGUCUGGCCUGAAGUACAAGAAAGGAGGUGUGGCAUCGGGAUUCAAGCAUGUGGUACCCAACGAGGUGGUGGUGCAGAGACUCUUCCAGGUCAAAGGGCGGCGUGUGGUCCGUGCCACCGAGGUACCUGUGUCCUGGGAGAGCUUCAACAAUGGUGACUGCUUCAUCCUGGACCUGGGCAACGACAUCCACCAGUGGUGUGGAUCCAACAGCAAUCGGUUUGAAAAACUGAAGGCCACGCAGGUGUCCAAGGGCAUCAGGGACAAUGAGCGGAGUGGCCGGGCCCGAGUGCACGUGUCUGAGGAGGGCGCUGAGCCCGAGGCGAUGCUCCAGGUGCUGGGACCCAAGCCGGCUCUGCCUGCAGGUACCGAGGACACCGCCAAGGAGGAUGCAGCCAACCGCAAGCUGGCCAAACUCUACAAGGUCUCCAAUGGUGCAGGGACCAUGUCCGUCUCCCUUGUGGCUGAUGAGAACCCCUUCGCCCAGGGGGCCCUGAAGUCAGAGGACUGCUUCAUCCUGGACCAUGGCAAGGAUGGGAAAAUCUUUGUCUGGAAAGGCAAGCAGGCAAACACGGAAGAGAGGAAGGCUGCCCUCAAAACAGCCUCUGACUUCAUCACCAAGAUGGAGUACCCCAAGCAGACUCAGGUCUCGGUCCUUCCCGAGGGCGGUGAGACCCCACUGUUCAAGCAGUUCUUCAAGAACUGGCGGGACCCAGACCAGACAGACGGCCUGGGCUUGUCCUACCUUUCCAGCCAUAUCGCCAACGUGGAGCGGGUGCCCUUCGACGCCGCCACCCUGCACACCUCCACUGCCAUGGCUGCCCAGCACGGCAUGGAUGAUGAUGGCACAGGCCAGAAACAGAUCUGGAGAAUUGAAGGUUCCAACAAAGUGCCCGUGGACCCUGCCACAUAUGGACAGUUCUAUGGAGGCGACAGCUACAUCAUUCUGUACAACUACCGCCAUGGUGGCCGCCAGGGGCAGAUAAUCUACAACUGGCAGGGUGCCCAGUCUACCCAGGAUGAGGUCGCUGCAUCUGCCAUCCUGACUGCUCAGCUGGAUGAGGAGCUGGGAGGUACCCCUGUCCAGAGCCGUGUGGUCCAAGGCAAGGAGCCCGCCCACCUCAUGAGCCUGUUUGGUGGGAAGCCCAUGAUCAUCUACAAGGGCGGCACCUCCCGCGAGGGCGGGCAGACAGCCCCUGCCAGCACCCGCCUCUUCCAGGUCCGCGCCAACAGCGCUGGAGCCACCCGGGCUGUCGAGGUAUUGCCUAAGGCUGGUGCACUGAACUCCAACGAUGCCUUUGUUCUGAAAACCCCCUCAGCCGCCUACCUGUGGGUGGGUACAGGAGCCAGCGAGGCAGAGAAGAAGGGGGCCCAGGAGCUGCUCAGGGUGCUGCGGGCCCAACCUGUGCAGGUGGCAGAAGGCAGCGAGCCAGAUGGCUUCUGGGAGGCCCUGGGCGGGAAGGCUGCCUACCGCACAUCCCCACGGCUGAAGGACAAGAAGAUGGAUGCCCAUCCUCCUCGCCUCUUUGCCUGCUCCAACAAGAUUGGACGUUUUGUGAUCGAAGAGGUUCCUGGUGAGCUCAUGCAGGAAGACCUGGCUACGGAUGACGUCAUGCUUCUGGACACCUGGGACCAGGUCUUUGUCUGGGUUGGAAAGGAUUCUCAAGAAGAAGAAAAGACAGAAGCCUUGACUUCUGCUAAGCGGUACAUCGAGACAGACCCAGCCAAUCGGGAUCGGCGGACGCCCAUCACCAUGGUGAAGCAAGGCUUUGAGCCUCCCUCCUUCGUGGGCUGGUUCCUUGGCUGGGAUGAUGAUUACUGGUCUGUGGACCCCUUGGACAGGGCCAUGGCUGAGCUGGCUGCCUGAGGAGGGGCAGGACCCACCCAUGUCACCAGUCAGUGCCUUUGGGAACUGUCCUUCCCUCAAAGAGGCCUUACAGCCAGCAGAGCAACUCUGCUAUGAGUGUGUGUGUGUGUGUGUUUUGUUUCGUUUUUUUUUUUUUUUUUUUUUUUUUUUACAGUAUCCAAAAAUAGCCCAGCAAAAAUUCAAAGUCCUUGCAAAAUUGUCUAAAAUGUCUGUGUUUGGGAAAUCAAAUUCAAUGAAAACAUUUUGAAGUGUGUA